GACGACGAUGCGCCCCCACCUGACUCGGCCAAUGAUGGACGAUCACCGAGAUCGCGCCGCGGAACACGACGGCAGAGCACAUCAACAGCGACCGAAUCGCACUGGCCACAGUCGACCCAGAAAAAGGAAGAUGCUUUCGCAUAUUCCUGUCUGCUCCGACAAGUCCUCUCUCUCUCUCUCUCUCUCUCUCUCUCCAUGAUCACAUCUCUCGCACUUGUCGUCUCGCGUAUGAAUGCACCAGCCGCUCCUCGCACUGUUCGCCUAGCGCUCAAAUUCACUUCCCACAUAGCCCAAGAAGUCCAAGCAGCAGAGAAGCAACGAUGUGCGCGGUCCUGUCUCGGGCCGAGCAAGAACAGCUGAUCGAGAAGCUCCAGAUCUUCAAGAUCAAUGGCCGGGACAAGCGCGGCCGCAAGAUCCUCCGCAUCGUCGGGAAGUUCUUCCCAGCUCGGUUCCUGAGCGCCGAGGUGGUGAACGAGUACCUGGAGGAGAAGAUCUAUCCGAGGCUGAGCAAGAAGCGGUUCAGCGUGGUGUACGUGCACAGCGAAGUCCAGAGGAGCGACAACUUCCCCGGAUUCUCGGCGCUCCGAUCCAUCUACGACUCGAUCCCGGCCCAGAUCAAGGACAAUCUCGAGACCGUCCACUUCGUCCACCCGGGCCUCCAGGCCCGCCUCUUCUUCGCCACCUUCGGCCGCCUUCUCUUCACCGGCGGGUUGUACGGGAAGCUGAACUACGUGAACCGGCUCGACCAGUUGUGGGACCACGUUAGGAGGGGCGAGGUCGAGAUACCAGAGUUCGCCCGGGAGCACGACGAGGAUUUGCAGUACCGUCCGAUGAUGGACUACGGCCUGGAGAGCGACCACGCUCGGGUCCACGGCGCACCGGCAGCAGAUUCCUCGGUGUCCAUGUACUCCAUGCGGUGUAUCUCGUGAUCUUAAUCGUGUCGUGCCGUGAUGAACAAACAAUUGUAGGUGCGGAUAAGUGAUGAAACAAAUUCGGCCGAUCCCAAUCCUAUCUUCUAUCUCCUAAAGGCUAUUGGGGGAGGCCACGUCUACUGCGUUUAAGCCUUAUCCACAUCUCGACAUGAUUUGUUAAAUGACGUGAAAUUGAUAAUGAAGUGCCUAUUACACGUGUC